AUGCGCGCUUGGUCGGUCUUGGGCUUUGCUGGCCUCUCAGUGGCUUCUGCAAUCUCGAGCGUUCCUGUCCCUACUGCAACAACGUCUGUCAUUACUACUACAUCUGCUACGUCUACUGAAACAACCACCUCUGCGUCAACUUCCACCUCGACCUCUCCCACCUCCACAACCAUUGUCACUGUUGCAACGGAUAGCAGUGGCCAAUUCACGGUGAUUGGCGAUGCUAUCAACUACGCUCAAAGCCAUGGAAUCCCAACUGUAACUGUCCUCGCGGGUACUUAUACCCAAGCAGUUACUGUGUCUGCAACCCCAACUGUGACGGUUAUUGGUCAAAGCGAUGCCGCCGACGACUACACCCAGAACGAGGUCACCAUUACCAACGCAGGCACUGUUCUGACAAUCAACAAUAAUGUCCAACAGGUCAGCUUCAAGAAUGUUAACUUCCUCAACACUGCUUCUGGCUCCGGUGCCAUGGUGUUGAAGGGAAACAAGUACAGCUUCUACGACUGCCAGAUUGUCUCAACUGGAACACUGGGAGUCACUGCCAGUGUUGGUCUCGGAAUCAUCGCAAACUCUUACAUCGAGGCUCUUGAUAAGAUCCUGUACGGCGGUGCCAAUCUCUAUGUCUACAACACCAAGAUUGUCCCUGUUGACAGCUCCGCUCUGCUCGCUUACAUGAAGGGUACCACCCAAACCAGCACUUCAACGCUGUACAACUCCACCGUCAUAUUCGAUCAUGUCACAGUGGCUGCAAAGACGGGAUCCUCGAUCAGCAAUGUGGCUUUCGCUUCUGCUAACGGUCCUGGAGUCGUUGUCCUCGUCCGAAACUCCGCCCUCGGCAGUUUGAUUGCCGCCACCGGUGCUCAUGUCGACACCAUCAGUCAAGACGGACAGAAUCUUUUCGCUGAGUACUCUAACACAGGCUCGGGUGCCUAUGCCAGCAAUGCUGUUACUCGUGCUCAGUACGUGUCAGUUCUCGAUGCAUCGGUCUUGUCUGAAUACAGUGUCAGUGCCGUAUUUGCCGCUGCCCUCCCCGGCUAUGCUUCAGCUGAUACAACUUGGGUUGAUUCAUCCCUUCUGGCUGCCAUUCAAAACGCAGAUAAGGUCCAGAGCUCAUCUGUGAUCUCGACCCCUACUGCCUCGACCGUUGCAUCCUCGACGGCUUUGGUUGCUACAAGCACAACUGCCGCUGCCACCGCGACAUCUACUUUCAUUGUUAACCCAACAGCUGGUCCUUACAAAAAUGUCACUGCUGCUAUCGCCGCCCUGCCUAAUGAUAGUCAAGAGUACACCAUCUACGUCAUGGCCGGCACAUACAAUGAGCAGAUCUCCAUUACUCGUACGGGAAAGACCAUCCUUCGCGGCGAGACGACGUUUGAGAAUGAUUACACUCAAAACACUGUCACUAUCUCAUACUCCAACGGUGUUUUAACCAGCGCAAACAAGGAUGAGGAUACCCCGAUUGUCAAUGCGAAGAACACCGACGGCAAGGGCUUGGCCAUCUACAACAUCAAUUUCCAGAACACUUACCCUCAAACCGCGAACACUGCUGCUCUUGCUGCCGACUUCUACGGAACUGUGCAGUCUUAUGGUUGCUCCUUUAUUGGAUACCAGGAUACACUUCUGGCGAACAUGGGUACACAAGUGUUUUCUAACUGUUACGUUGAGGGUUCCAUCGAUUUCAUUUGGGGUUUCUCAACAGCUUAUUUCUACCAGUCGGUCAUCGCAACGAACACUGCUGGCUCUUGCAUUGCUGCAAUGAGCCGCUCUUCUUCCACCGCCACUGGAGGUUACGUCUUCGAUACAUGUCUCGUCACCUACACCUCCAGCUACGGUAGCACUUAUCAAAACACUUGGCUCGGCAGACCCUAUUCAUCAUACAGUCGCGUUGUUUACAUGAAUUCGUAUCUCGAUAAGCAUAUCAACCCUGCGGGCUGGCAUGUGUGGUCAACUAGCUCUCCUCAAACAGACUACGUGACGUUUGGGGAAUUCAACAACACCGGACCUGGAAGCUGGUCAAGCAGCCGUGCAUCAUUUGCCACAAACCUCACUGAGGCCCAGGCAGAUGCCUACACUUUGUCCAACUGGGUCGGAGGAACCUCUUGGCUCGACAUGGACGCUUAUGAUUACGUUCCAUCUUACAACUUGACUCCCUCGGCAACUACCUCUGCUACCAAUGUCUCAACCGCUUCCGCAGUGUGGGCUCACCCUUCUAACGGGACUACUCCCCCGACCGGUGCUGUUCUGGUUAGUGUCUCUGGGUCUGUCAAUGGCUCCUAUGCCAACCUCACUGAUGCUCUUGCCUCUCUCCCGGAUGAUACCACUACUCAGAUUAUCUUCAUUUAUGCUGGAACAUACGAGGAGCAAGUCCCCACUAUCAACCGCAAUGGUCCCGUUAUGAUUAUCGGCUACACCACUGGAAACCCUGGCCAGAGCUAUGCAGACAACCAAGUGACAAUUACUUUCGCGCAUGGACUUUCCGUCUCCCCUCUACCCACUGGCCACUCUGAUGCCGAGACAGCGACUGUUGCUACCGCCUCUACCCAAAUCGCUUUCUACAAUGUCAACAUUAUCAACUCUGAUAACCUUGAUGGUCUGGAAUCUUCAUACGUCACCCUGGCUGCAUCUAUAUAUGGCAAUCAUGUCGCAUUCUAUGGUGUCUGGUUCCAGGGAUGGCAAGAUACUCUCCUGACCGGAAGUACAACCGGAUACCAAUAUUACGAAUCGUCGUAUAUUGAGGGCGCGAUUGAUUUCAUUUGGGGAUACUCUAAAGCCUACUUCAAGGGCUGCACCAUUGGUGCCAAGAAAGCGAAGUCUGCGAUCACCGCACACAGCCGAGCCUCGUCUACCGCGAUCGGUGGUUACAUCUUUGACCAGACGUUGUUCACUGCUGCCGCUGAUGCCACCGUUGAUCUUACGGAGACUAUCUACCUUGGUCGUCCCUACUCUCAGUACGCCCUUGUCGUGGUCAAGAACUCAUACCUCACCGAUGUGAUCAACCCAUCUGGAUGGAAGGCCUGGUCAACCAGCGACCCUCGCACUUCUGGAGUGACUUUCGCUGAAUUCAACAACACCGGGCCGGGUAACUGGGAAAACAACGCAGCAGCCCGUGAGGCAUUCGGAUACGCUACCCUGCUGACGGAGGAUACCUACUCCCUGGCGAGCGUCAUGGACUCCACUGACUGGAUCGACAUGACCCACUGGGACUCCAUUGAUACGCCUACCGCUGUCUCUGGUACAGCUACCACAACAGCCACCCCGACUCCGACCCCCACGGCGAUUUACGAUGGAACCACUCCUCCCUCUGGUGCUUACAUUGUGUCUCAGACCAGCCUUGGAACAAAUACAACUGUAAACACAACUGUUUACGAUACUAUUCAGAGUGCUCUCAAUGCGAUCCCAACCUCGUCUAAGGUCACACCCACCAUCUUCAUCUACCCCGGUACAUACGAGGAGCAACUUAUUAUCAGCAAGUCUGGCUCUGUCGUUUUUAUGGGUUAUUCUGAGUCUACAUACGACUAUUCCAGCAACCAGGUCACCAUCCAGUACAACCAUGGUAUUGACACUGGUGCCGAUCAGUCCAACUCUGAUGGUGCUACCGUUUAUGCUACUGGUAACUACUUCGAAUACAAGGCCAUCAAUAUUAAUUUCGUCAACAACAACGGCACCCAAAAAGACAUUGCCACUCUCGGAUUUGCUGUCAAGUCCAGCAAAUAUGCCAGUCUGUAUGGCUGCCAGGUCAAAGGAAACCAAGACGCUCUCUUGAUUAACGGCAACCUUUUCAUGAGCAACGGAUAUGUUGAGGGUAACAUUGACAUGAUUUGGGGAAGUGGCGCUGGUUACUUCUUGAACACAACCAUCUCGCCCAACGAAGACGGCAUCAAUCUCACAGCGGAUAAGAGAACCACAAACACCACCGCCGGAGGUUUCGUAUUUGAUCAAUGUGAGAUCAUUCCUUCGACCGGGGCCGGCUCAAUGUCGAAGAUCUCGCUCGGAAGACCCUGGAACCAGUAUGCCCGGGUUGCGUACAUUGACUCCUACCUCGAUUCUUGUGUGGAGGCUGCCGGAUGGGAGCAAUGGUCUAAGUCAAGCCCUCAGACCUCCGGCGUCACCUUUGCUGAAUAUGGAAAUUACGGUCCGGGAUCCAGUACUUUGUCGCGUGCGACGUUCGCUUCUCAGCUCACUGACACGGAUGUCGUUCAAUUCGAACUUGCCCAGUUCUUCUUUACCACCUCCUGGAUUGAUUUCACGCACGUCGAGGGGACGCCCUUUGUGCCGGGAACGACUACCACUGUUUCGAGCGCUGCCGUGCCAAGUGCUACUCCUUCAAGGGCCAUCAUCUCUUCAGCCAUCGUUUCCACCCCUCUAUUGACUUUCACUACCACUGUUGACGUGAUCUCCACGUCAACCACAGGCGCCUUCAUCACGGUCACCCCGACUGAUACAAUUUCGACUGUCCAGUCCACCACGAUCCUGACGCUCACACCGGAAGAUGUGACAAAGACUACAACACUCAAGUCGACUAUCACUAGUACUAAUAUUCUGACCGAACCAACAAUCACAUCCACCAAGACCUCGAUCGUGACUACGGAUAUUGGCAGCACCAUUACACCUGACCCAAAGACUGUCACCACGACUAGCAAAGCGACGACCACUGAUACAGUGACCAUCACUGGCAAGGACACAACAAAGAUCGUGAAGAGCACCGUCACCUCGACGUCAACCAUCUCUGCCGCUGCUUCCACGGUUACCGACAAGGAGACAGUAACUAUCACCAGUGUCAAGACUACGAGCGCCAAGGCUGGGAAGACUACUUCGAUCGCAACAGUCACAGUUGGAUCCGAAGGAACCACCACCGUCAGCGCUAAAGCCACCACAGAGGUCGUUACUUCCAUUUCCACAAAGACAGCCACCAAGAAGGUUACGACAACUCUCAGCUGUGACGCCCCCGCCAAGAAGAUCAAGCGAGCGCUCAUCCCCCGGGACAAUGUUGCCAUCGUCACUGACUAUGUCACGGAAAUCGACUACGUUACUAAGACUGUAACCACAACGCUUCCUGCCGCUACGGACUACAUGACCGAUGUCACAACUAAGACAACCUCGCUCAAGGCCGCGACAGUCACGAACACUAUCACUUCCAUCGCCACUAAGCUCUCCACAAGCACCAUUAAGGCCGUCACCUCGAUUGUUACUGCCAUUGAAACCACCUCCGUUGGCAAGACCACAACCCUGAAGGCUUCCACUGUCACCAACACCGUUACCUCGUUGGUCGAGAAGCAGGCUACAGUGACUCUACCAGGUCAAACUGUGACUUCUGUCAGCCUGAAGACGGCAAUUGUCAAGAGCACCGUCCACCUGCCUGCCGUGACUACCACCGCCACUGUAACGACAACAGUGAAGAGCACCACCACUCUCCCUGGCUCCACUAGCACUGUCAUCAAGACUUCCACUGUCACUAAUCACCCCUCGGUUACUAUUACCAAUCGUGCUACGUCCACUUCCACCAAGGUCGUUAAGACUACUUCCACUAGCACCGUGACAGCCACGAAGACUGCCAAGUGCUCCUGA